GGGGUGUCGAACUAAGACGUUGCACGGCCAUAUUUGUUAUUGUACUCCAUAGAAAAUAGGAAUUUAUUUGAAUCGUUUGAUUUUUGAAUAGAAAGUGAUUCAGUUCCCUAAUUUUGUGAUGCAUUUUAGUUCAAUCAAUUCUUACCACAGAGAGUAUAAUCAAUGUCAUAAAAACCUAUGCGUAUAAAAAUGGCGGGGACAUCAAAUAAUAAUGGGAAAGCGGGACGAUCAGCUGUCCCAGUGGAUGUGGGAUCGCCCUUACUUGAUUGGGAGGAGGGAGAUCACUUCAGUUUUGAAGAUUCCGAACGUUUCGAAGAAGAUUCUAUGUGUAGCUGGAGUUCGGAACCCGAAAGCCUGUGUAAUAAUUGGCGAGGCUGGAGAAGACCAAAUUUUCCCAAUUCAUUCGGACCUCGGCCAACGAAAAAACCAACUCAAGACAAACCAGUAUCAUCACUAAGUGAGUUGGCUGCUAAGUGUGUCGCCAGUCACAUUCCAUUUGAGUUAGUUGAACAUGUGUAUCCACCAGUACCAGAGCAAUUACAACUACAAAUUGCGUUUUGGAGCUUCCCAGAGAGUGAAGAUGAUAUACGUCUUUAUUCAUGUCUUGCAAAUGGAUCAGCUGAAGAAUUUCAGAGAGGAGAACACCUGUUUAGAGACAAAGCGGUUAAAGAUGUUUUACAAAUUGGUUUUCACUUAUCUGCAACAGUUUUACUUACCAUGGCAAGGACUCAGUUUAAUGUAGCUGUGACAUUUGACAGGCAAAAGAUAUCAUCAUGUAACUGUACUUGUUCCUCAUCAGCUCAUUGGUGUUCACAUAUUGUUGCUGUGUGUCUCUUUAGAAUACAUUUACCAACUCAAGUAUGUCUCAGAGCACCGGUAUCAGAGUCUCUACAGAGAUUGCAGCGAGAUCAAUUACAGAAAUUUGCACAAUACCUCAUAUCCGAGUUACCACGACAAAUUCUUCCAACGGCUCAGAAAAUAUUGGACGAGUUAUUAUCAGCUCAACCGAACCAAAUUAACACAACUUGCGGGGCUCCUGACCCAACCGCAGGUGCAUCGGCCUAUGAAUACACAUCAUGGUUCCUCGAUGAGAAAACAUUACACAACAAUAUUAAUAAAAUAUUGGUGAAAUUUUGUGUACCAACUCCAAUUGUGUUUAGUGACGUAAAUUAUCUAAGUACAAGCGCUCCGCCGGCCGCGGCUGAGUGGUCGUCCUUGUUGCGGCCUUUGCGCGGACGUGAGCCUGAAGGCAUGUGGAAUUUGCUGUCCAUUGUCCGGGAGAUGUUCAAACGUAGCGACCGAAAUGCUAUACCUCUACUCGAGAUAAUCACUGAAGAGGUCAUGGCUUGUGAACAGAUAAUAGUCUGGUGGUACAGCACUAAAGCGGCCUUAGUGGCGUGGGGUGGCGGUACGGGAGGGAAGCAUGGUGGUGGCGGGGGCAACUCCACCGCUCAGCACGCUUGUUCUUCUCUGUGUGACGAGGUGGUGGUGUUAUGGCGUCUCGCGGCUUUGAACCCUGGACUCGCACCACACGAAAGAGAUACGCUUCAUGAGCAGUUCACUCAAUGGCACGUGAAGGUUUUGGACAAGGUGGCAAAGAAUCGAAACAAUCACAUAAAUACGUCGCAUCCGCGCCAUGUGCGUGCGCAUUCUCACCCGCCAUACAUCAACGGUAUAAGCGAGACAGAAGUAUUUCCCGGCUUCAACCCGGCAAUGGAAGCCUGUUUCCUUGAAUGGGACGACUACCCAAUAGCUGGUGUUACAUACACAAAGGACCUUAAUCCGCUCUACCAUAGUCCUUUUACUAUAUUCAGGCAUUCGGAUAAGCAGGCAGACAGUGUUCAUCAGGUAAAUUCAUCAAAGGCAGUACUUAACAACGAGAUGUCUCUCAGCUAUAGGCUGACGAAUCCUGAUCCCUCAAUGCAAGGACAUCGCACUCUGGUUCACAGAAACAGUAGAAUAACUGUUGAUUUGGCGAUUGCUGGUCCUUCGAACCAGGCUUGUGGUUCUGGCCAGGAAGCAGCUCGUGAUCCCGGACCAAGUGACGGGAAUCAUUCGAGUGUCUCAUCUGAAGGUUUUUGUGAAAAUGAAGAAGAAAUGCAAGUUAGCGGCGCAGAUGGUGGUGAUACAGACUCUCAGGAUUCAUCUCCACCGAUUUCGUCUGAUGAUGCAAUUCCACCCAGGGAUGACUCCGUCUCUGAUGAUGAAUGUCAACUGUACUUCUAUGAUGCUACAGCUGCUAGAAGAGUGGCAGCUGACGGAUCAAGCGCAAUAAACGGGACCAACAGUGUGGGUGGAGCCAGUAGCAGCGGCGCUAGUUGGCAGUGCGGUUGGGAAGUUCAGUUCGCGCGAGCGGAAGGCUUACACGCGCAUGGGCAUGCCAGAGAGGCCUGCGCACUUGGCGCUAGUCUUGCCAGAGAGCUAUUGGCUAGACCACCAGCCUUGCUAGGUACAGGCUACAGCGGCAGUGCAGCGGAGUUGCGUCGUGCUCGUAGACGUCACGCACCGUCCCCGCGUCUCUGCGCAGCCAGCCAUCGCACCUCGUGUCUAGCUUCGACCACGCUUGCUAAAUGCGCUUUCCUUUGCACUGUUCUGGCGGAAUUCAGCGAACAACACGAAUUAGCAUUCCGUGUGGGUCUUUUCGCGUUGGAAAUGGCUCGUCCUCCAGCCAGUACUAAAGCUCUGGAAGUGAAGCUGAACAAUCAGGAAUCUGAGCUGGUCGCCUUGCUGAAGAAACUGCCGACUGGUGCAGAGCAACUGGAUCUGGCUAGGGAGAAGGCGGAACAACUGAGAGAUGGAUUGCUAAGAAGCAGAGGUCCUGCAUUGUUGCCGAUAUCAUUGGCCAGUUUCUUGUUUGAAGUUCUUGUGCUGUCCGCGUCUGAGAACAAACAUCCAGCAAGACUGCUAACAGACGAAUUACUAGGCUUCGAAGCGGCUGUGGCAGCCCUAGGCCUCAAAGCGAACGUGUCGGAAGCAGAUCAUCCCUUACUAUGCGAAGGCACGAGACGACAGCGCGGUGACCUAGCCGUGACCCUUCUGUCUUUCUACAAGGACGAUCCCGUUAAACUCGCCCGGAUUAUGAAUAAGCUCCUUGACCGCGAUAUCCACCAGCUGACAAAGGGUCCAAUGGUCAGCAUGUAUUACUCCACGAACCCUCGCUUCAAUACUCGCAGCGAGCAUCACCACCAUCAUCCUCCAGCUAAUAUGCCUGUGGCCGGUCCAUCGUGUAACCUCUCUGGUGAGAUGGAGCGUCUCUCAGUGGGAGAAGGGAAUGGCUCUCCCCCCACAGUCCCCCAUUCACAUCAGACGCAUACUACACAUACCUUGCCUAGGCUUAAGGAUACCAGAUACAAAGGAAAGCGACAAUAUCCCUCAGUGCCAAAUCAGCCUUCGGAGGCGUCGUCUCACUUUAUGUUCGAAUUGGCCAAGUCAGUGUUAUUCAAGGCUGGAGGAUCCUCAAGUACCAGCCUCUUCACCCAGACCUCGUGUGCCAGAGAACAUCAUGGACCUCAUAGAGGUUUACAUAUGGCGGCUUUCCAACUCGGUCUAUACGCGCUCGGCCUACAUAACUGUGUUAGCGCCAAUUGGCUCAGUCGUACGUAUUCUUCACAUGUGAGCUGGAUAACAGGUCAAGCCAUGGAUAUUGGUGCACCUGCAAUUCUAUUCUUGAUCGAUGCUUGGGAAGGACAUUUAACACCGCCUGAAGCAGCUGGAAUAGCUGAUAAGGCCUCAUCGGGUCGCGACGUCCAAACAGUUCGGGCGGCGGCUGAGCUGGCCUUAUCGGUACUACCGCACGCACACGCCCUCAACUACAACGAGAUACAACGCGCAGUACUGCAGUGCAAGGAACAGAGCGACGCCAUGUUGGAACGGGCUUGUCUCAUCGUCGAAGCCGCUGCUAAAGGCGCCUGCGCAGGUGGCGGGGUUUACCCCGAGGUGCUGUACACAGUGGCCCGUUACUGGCACGAGCUGUACCUGCGACAAGCCAACGAGGAAGAGCCCGAGGAGGCCUACAGGGCUCCACCCCCGCUCGCCGUGCCUCUGCCCUACCCGCUGCCAUAUCCCUUCACCUACCACCCCUAUCCGCCACACAUCUACCGACUGCAGUUCGAGUGCCCUCAGUACGGUGGCGCAGGUCCGGCUCACCCGGGCGCCCAGUUCGCGAUUCCGCAGUACUUCGUGCGCGGGAUAGUGCCGCCUCACGCACCACAUCCGCAGCAGCACCCGCAGAUGGCUCAAGUGGCGCAGGUGGCCCAGCACGUCCCAAUGCAGCCCCACGCGCCUCCACACCAGCCUAUACCCGUCAAUGUGACUCACCCCGCUCCGAUACCGCCGCCUUUGCCUGUCGCCCAUCAACCAGUGGGUGCCGUGGGAGUUGUGCCAGUCAGUACUGCACACGUGAAUAACGGUCCGCCCAUGGGCAGUGUCCCACAAGUACCUGGCGCUGGUCCACCCGCCUUACCCCAAGCGCAGUUAAGGAGAUUACUCGCUGCUUAUAGAGUUGGAAUGCUUGCACUGGAAACCCAAGCCAGGAGGGUCCACGAUGAUAGGCCGCAGAAUAAGUUCGGAAGGAAUCCCCCAUACGGCGAUCAUGUGAAAUGGCUUCUGCGUAUAUCGAAACGUCUAGGUGCGCAAUACUUACACCAGUUCUGCGUUUGCGCAGUUAACUCUGUGGUUUCACCGUUCGUGCUAUACGAGUUAUGCGUUGAGUCAGCCCAUUGGCUGGCUAGGGGAGGCCCUCAUCACCUCGUGAUGCAGCAUCUACGGGGCACACUAGCGCCACUCGUGCACAAGUGUCAGCAGAUGUACAUUCAAUGCAUCCAUCAGAAGCUAUACCACUUAACAGCAGUCGAGUACGAGGAGUUUGUUGGUAUCGUGUUAUCAGCGCGUACGGCUUUUCAGCUCACACCUGAAGGAAACACCCAGUUUAAGGAAUGGCUGGCUUCACUACGCAGAUCGAAAUCGUGCAAGAAGGACUUGUGGACGCAGCUGAACGCCGCGCUUCAGACGAACGGCAAAUGACGUCGGCAGGCGAUAGUUUGUGUGGCGCGGGGAUCGGCGCGCAAACUGUCACACCCGCGACGAUGUCGGCACAUCCGCCAUCACACACACACACUUUGAACGUGCACGCGUACGUUGGACGCACGCACGUACGCACCCACACGAAUUGUACAGUUUAAUCGCUUUGCUCUCACUGUUAACUACUCUUGCUUCACGAUAAAACUAGAUCAAACGUUUUUUACACCGACACGGCAAACGUUUGUGGUAAAAUACCUUUAUAAGCGCCUCUAGGCUAGAUAAAUUGUAUUUCAUACUUUAAAUAUUUAACUAUAAGUAGCUAACAGUGACUGGAAGUGAUCUAGGAAAGCUGUUGAAAUGUCGUUAUGCUAAAAUUUUACUGAGCAGAUCAUGUAUGUUCUCGUUUUCUCUGCUCAAAUUAUAUUUUGUGUUUAAGUUCAUUAAAGGGACUACGCACUGUGUUGAUCUCAUCUUGUAGCUUGCGAAUUCUUUAAUGUGACUAAUUUGUGCGUAUUUAAAAAAAAAAAAUUUAAAAUGUUUGACUAUUUUUUUAUAUCUUUGAGAAUUGUAUUGUAUCAAAUAUAUACUAAAAAUAAUCUACAACAUUUAGUACUGAAGUUUAAAGUUGGUUUAAACAACUUUACUCUUAACAUCAGUCAUUUUGAUAUUAAAUCGAACAAAUUCUUCGUUUUUGCACAAAAUAUUUCAAUCAGCAUACGUAAAAACAACUAUUAACUAGUGUCGAUGAUACAUUUAUUUCGACAAAUUAGAACGGUGUGAUGGUCUUCGAGCAAAUAAUAAGUAUCUAGAGAAAUUAGUCUGUUUUGGACUGAAAGGCUUGUCUUAUAUAGUCAACUAAACUUAUCCACUCUUUACCUAGUCAAUGGUUUUGGACAUCAUUGGACACCAGUGAAGCUUCACGACUAUAGCUCAUUUAGUUUCCAUUUUUAGUUUAAGAACUCAUUUACAUACUUUCUACGUAGAUCUCGAUUAUUUUAUUCAUGUGAACACAGAUCCGAACACAGAUGUGUGCGAUCGUGGAAACGGUAUUUUAUAUUAGUUUGUUAGCGACGUUAUCAUUAAUUUUGUUUAAGAUUUUUACCGUUAUUCAUCAAACAAUACUCAUCCGCGUCCAUUAGUGAAUUAUUAAAGAUCUCCGUGUCGCUUAAUUAAGCGUUAAUUGCUCAUUGCUAGUUAUUGUUGAUCUAAGUUGGUCAAUAUUGCGUAGUAGAACUGUUGUUUUGAGUUGAAAGUAAUUUGGCAAGUUGAGAGUCGGAUGUCAGCGUUUAUCGGCAAUUAAAUGUUGUUUCAUAAGGGUGGGGUCGUUUGAUUAGCAUCAGCCGAGCGUUGACGCCUCGUAGUCGGACUGUGAGAUGUCUAUCGCCAGACAUUUAAAACGAUAAGAAACAAUUGUAUUUCGUGUUUAGGAUCCGUCUUGCAGUUUUAAUGUUUCUAGUUAGAUGUGCACUCGCUUUGUAUUGUCUUUUCAAUGCGUGUUGUAAUUCGGUUUGAUAAAAUGCUAGUAUAAGGGGAAUGGGUAAAUUGGUUCAAGAAUAAAUUAAAAAUAUAAGGCGAUUACUGGCAUAGCGAGCAUUCAAGUAUUACGUAACGAAUUUUGGCAGAGGGGGGGUAUGCUUUUGUAAAACGUUACGAUGCGGGGCGGAGAUUGAAUUACGCGUUAUUGUUAAUAUUAUUUUCGACUUUCCAGUACUUUACACCACACGAUGGUAACUUUUAGGUGUAAAAAGUCACUGGGUGGUCACGAAACGUUACGGCGCGUUACAUGGGGGUGGUCAAUAAUUCCCAAAGAUUGAGUGACGUAAUACUUGAACGCUCCCAUAGUCCUUGUUAAAAGAUCUCCUACGAUUACUACUAGCUUCAAGUGCGAUUAUCAACUUAACCUAUAAAUAAAGAUAUAAGAUCUAAACCCAAUUGGUCCGUUCCGACUUUUGGGUAGUUGAAAUUUCCCAUUUUCCUUUCUUGUGUAUCGUCCUUGUAUAGUAUAAGACAGAUCGUAGCUGAGAACCGUCGGUACACUAUUUUUGAUAUUCUCUUGUCGAAAUUUGCAAUUCAUGAGUGUUUCCGUAACGAGGUUUUUGCGGGGUAUUACGAGCGUUUUAUUAACUAUAGUAAGUUUAUUUACAAGUUAAUAUUAUAAUGAGAUGUAGCUUCUUGAGAGACUUUGAAAUAUUAUAAUGUAGGAUAGGAACUGGCAACGACUCAUUCCGAUUUCGGAUUCACUACUAUAUUGAUACCGACUAUUUGGCCUUGAACUGCAUUGAAUUUAAAAUAUUGUUAGUAUUAAAAUAGUAAGUACAUUCUCCUGUAAAGAAGCAAUAAAACAUAUGUCAUACAGGUGACAAUUUUUGUACUUAAGCUGUGACGUCAAGUCCUGCUACAGCUUGUAAAGACUGAGCUAAAUACAGUUUGGACCGCUUAAAGUUCGAUCGAUGAAUUAAAUGCGCCGGUUUAGUCGUAAUUUGCUGUUGUAUGAUUAGAUGAAUUAUUCGCUAGAUUCCUUACCGGUUGUGGGUAUGUUAAGAUAUCGGAAUGAUGAGAGUUGCCGGACGUGUGUCGUUAGGGUUAGUUCAAUCUUUAAGUAGACGUGCAAACAUUGACGUGUGGAUGUUUUCGACGUUCAGUAGUUAGUAAAUUUCUAGAAUGCUAGUUAGAGUAAAUUGAAGUUUGUAUGGAAAUCUAUGGGAAAACUUUAUUUGGUGUUCGUUCUUUAUAUGAAUUUAACAAAGUUUUGCCGUAUAUUUAACUUCAUUUAUAGUUCAGCGUUAAUCGAUAUUUUUAAAUAUUUAAAAUUUCAAUUUUGAUGUUAAUAUCGGCUGCAUAUUUUUUGGAUGAAUUUGUAUGGAGGUUCGUUUGGGUCUAAGGUUUUAGAUUGUUAAUCACUUAAUUAAAUCCCACUAUACGCGUUAAAUGUAAAAUGUACUUUGCGCCCAAAUGAAAUUUCGUAGCUUUCGCAAAAGCUUUUCAAUAUUAAUGCACUGAACUUAAAUAGUUCCGGACGUCAAAUUCAGUUCAAUCACAUAAUUGCCAAUAAAAUUAAAUUUCAUAAUUCACUUGCCGUCCAUAAUUAUUUUGCGAAUAAUGUAGUUUCUUUGCAGUACGGUCAGGUAUCCCUAAUACAUAUUUACAUAACUAAUGCAAUACAUUCUCGGUCAAUAUUAUUAAUUUUGGAACAUUGUCCUCCAUUCAUUAGCGUAAAGUGCUUUGACAUUUUGUCUCAAAGAACUAUUUUUACACUUAAAUUAUAUUAAAAAAAAAGUAAAAAAAUAUAUAUCGUUAGUUUCGUAAUUUUAAGACGUUAGAAUGAAACAUAUUUUAUAAAUAGUCGUUUAAUGCAUGUCGUAGUUUUAAUGCAGUAUCGUGUCAAUGGUUUGUUCACAGAUAAUAUUAUAAAAUUCAACAUAAUAUCUAUUGCGCAUUGUACAAUUGUUUUCAUUGCAUUGUUGAAGACGUGAAGUAUUUAAAUAUGGUUGACGUUCUAUGUAUUUUAUAAACUCUUUGGUAAUGGAUUUAUAUCCAAUUCGUAUUGCAAAUAUCAUCACAACGACGUCACUGAAGUUGGCCCUGGAACGAUGCAUAAUUUUUUUUUUAUACACAGUAGUUUAAUUGUACACUUUGUAAGUGUGGUGUCUCCGCCUAUUAAAAUAUGUAACAGUUACAGUUUGAACUAUUUCGAUAAAGAGAUUCGUUCAUAUAUAUUCAAGUAGUUUAAUUUAGUGGGCUUUGUUUAUAGAGACCUGUAUCUGACCCAAUAGCGGCGGCGUUAACUUUAAUAUUGAGUUUUUACCGCACGGUUCCAAGGUUCUACAGCGGAUAUUGAGAGAACUAUAUAGAUUGCAUACAUAAAACGUUAGGAUCGCUAUUGGAAGUAACAGGGCAUGCGACACGAUUGCCGAAAUUGAACGUAAAGAUCUCUAUCGUAAAGCAAGUCUCUAUUAACAAGGUCGAUCAGCUUGAAGGAAAUCGAACAUCAAAAGAGUUUUCAUUGUCAUUAAUCGAUCACAUUUAAUUGAAUGAAACGAUUCAUGGAUGUUCAAUUUCAAGCAAGUAAUAUCCCAACGUAUUGCGUUCAAAAUAUAAAUGACAUUCAUGCUUACUUAAUCUUAGAUUAAUUUGUUAAAAAUAUAAAUGAAAUGUCACAAGCGACUUUUUCGCAUCGGACCGGUUCGUGAGUCUUAGCAUAUAUUAUUAGAUUGCGAAAUGGUUGUUUCGGUUCGAUAUAGGCAAGUAAUUUAUAUCAACGCGAGAAUUUCUUUGCUUGACCAAAUUACUUGCACUAUUGACGGCCAUAUUUCUUUGUUCGGUUCCUAUAGUAACGAGACAGCUUCGCGGAUGUAGGAUGCGAGCCAGCUUCUAUACUUUGUGACUUCCUUAAGUGCCCAGGAACUUUGUAUUAACUAUUUCUUAUAUCGCAAAUGGUUGUAACUAUAUUAAAGUUAUUAGUGGAGCGAUAGUCGCCCACGAUUUGAGAUUGCGGCCGUACACUGCGCGUUGUCGCCUCCAUGUGAGCGUGCAAUGCUUCGAGAUGGUAAGUACACGCGGUUGCAUGUCGGCCCACAACGUGAUUUUUCCUAUUUCCCACUGUAUCGUAUGUUUCCUCUUCAACUCAAAAUGUUUUGACUUCUAGAUAAUUUUUAUUAUUAAUUUUACGAUAUCACAUAAGUCUUUUUGGCGAAAUAUUUAAAAUAACAUUAUUUAAUUAUUCAAUAUACUUAUUCUAUAUUUAAGA